AUAAGCCUCAAGUACAAAUUCCUAGUUGAAUUUUUUUACAUUUAGGUUGCUUCGAUCAUAGACUGAAAACGACGUAUUAGCUUUAGACGUUUGGAAAAUUGUGGAUAGAACGUGUUCCGUCAAACGUAGAUAAACAGGCGAACCAAACAUGGAGGUUAUCAACGAGGCUCAAAAUAAUGGUGAAAAUGCGAACACCAAAACAGCCGAAGAACGGAAGUCUGCGGCGGAACUAGCUGAAUUGCUUACUAGUGUUGUUCCGAAAAAGGAUGAAAAGUUAGUGGCUAACUUGCGCCAACAAAUUCCGGACAUCGAUAAUAUAUUCAACAUCCAUCGUAAAACUGGACACGGAACUUUUAGUUCUGUGUUUCUCGGUUCACUGAAGUGCCAGGAGCGUUUGCCAGCAGAGCGCAAGAAGUUGUUUGCCAUUAAGCAUGUCGUUCCCACUAGUCAUCCGAGUCGUAUCGAGCGGGAACUACGAUGCAUGAUGCAGAUCGGUGGCGCAUGCAAUGUGGUAGGAGUAGAUUUGUGCUUACGGCGCCAGGAAUCGGUUGCGUUUGUUAUGCCGUAUAUCCCCCAUGAUCAGUUCCAUCAGUACUACGACAAAAUGAGUCCGGCGGAAACGCAGCUCUACAUGAAAAAUUUGUUGAUUGCCUUGAAACGGGUGCAUGAGUUUCAAGUCAUACAUCGUGAUGUAAAGCCAAGUAACUUUUUAUACAACCGCAAGCUGCAAAAAUUUCUGUUGGUAGAUUUUGGUCUAGCACAAGACAUCAGUAACAAACGCGCAAUUAAGUGUACCGAAAAUAGUAAGGCGCAGGUGGUACAACAGACAGAGGGUAAGACUGGUAAAAGAAGACUUUCAAUAGAAACUACUGGGGAAACUAAUCAGCAACAUAAUGAUGCUGUGAUUCAACAGCAAAAGAAGCUAAAAAUUAACGAUGACAACCUAGAGAAUAGUACUAAACCUACCGACGAGGGACAUAUGGGUAUCGUUCCACUGCAACAACCACCACCAGUAUUCAAAACCCCACUCAAACAAUCGAAUCAAAUUAUUUCACCAAUGAAGCUUUCGAAUGUCACCAAGGAUCUGUAUAGCUCUCCGUUGGUUCGGCAGAUUAAAUCAACUGUGUUGGGGAUUAGUACUAAUAUUAAGGUAGCACAGCGACAACAGCAACGGGGAACCGUAAACAAUCAAACUGCCGUUGCACCAUUGCCUCUGAAAUCGGCAACGGGUAAUACAAGAAACCACCAGUACAAUAAUUCUUCAACUAGUUCUACAUCCAAACCAGAAUCUGUGUGCGAGUGUUUUGGUAAAAGUCAGGUAUGUAACAUCUGCCUUGUGAAGAAAGAAAUGCAAGCAUCUCGUGCUGGUACACCCGGCUAUCGACCACCAGAGGUGCUUCUAAAGUAUCCUGAUCAAACCACCGUAGUUGACAUUUGGGCGGCCGGAGUCAUGUUUAUGAGUAUCCUGUCACGGUGUUAUCCGUUUUUCAAAAAUUCGGAUGACUUUCACUCGCUGGCCGAGAUAAUAACCGUUUUCGGUGACCAGCGCAUCAAAAAGACUGCCAUUCAACUUGGGCGCCACGUCAAAACUGCUCAACGAAAGCAGCCGUUAGAUCUGAGAAAACUUUGUAUGCGUCUACGGUUCCGCUUCAGACGUCUCCGCGCACGCCAGCAGCAGGACCAGGAUGAAACGGUAACCACAUUCGCCAACAGCUGCGAUAACUGUCAGCAACGUCUGGUUGAGUGCCUUUGCGAGCAUUCAGAAGCUAAUAGAGACUUCUCGGAGGAUGAGUACUCGGAAAAGGCUUAUGAUUUACUACACAAACUGUUGGAAAUAAACCCACACAACCGUGUUUCCGCUGAGGAAGCUCUGAAGCAUCCCUUUUUCCAGGAAACUUACUAAGUGAUUUGACCUACUCACAAGUAUUAGAUCGAUCUCUAUAGCUGAACAAAAUGCCAAUGUCGAUACCGAUCAGGUUUACGAAAUCAAAUUAGGCGAAAGGGGAACAGUUUUCAAUAUUAGUGAAAAUUGAUAUUUGUUAGGUUGUAAUAGUGCAAAAAAAGUAUUUCUCGAAGAAAUCUGCAUGAUCUAGACUAGCUCUUUCUUACGCAGGAAACAAUAUCUAUAAUGAAUGUGUGUGUAUGUAUGAGUGUAUGCUGUUUAAUUUAUAUUGAAAACGAAUCGAAAUUAUUUAUUUGAAAUGAUUAAAAUUUGCUUUUAUGUAGUUGGAGUGUGUCUUCUGUUCGAAAUAAACGUCGAAUAUCUAACGAAGCCAAAAUAGGACUUUCAUAACUAUUCAACAACACCAUGGCUGCCGAGAAACCUAGGCUUAAAACAAACAAAAAACUAAAAGAGGCAAUAAACUUAUCGACUAGUAA